AUGAAACACAGUUCAGUUCUGUCUUUGCUGCUCCUUCUGGGGACGUGCUCGGCUAACACCUAUCAGAACGUGGCCUUGCGUGGAAAGGCGACCCAGUCAGACCGCUAUGAGCACACGUUUGGAGAUGCCUACAGUGCUAUUGAUGGAAACAGUAACUCCGAUUUCCAUGCGGGAUCGUGCACCCACACUGAUGAACAGACCAACCCCUGGUGGAGAGUGGACCUGCUGGAGUCCUACAUCGUCACCUCCGUCAUCAUCACCAACAGAGAAGACAAUUAUGCAGAAAGGCUCAACGGGGCAGAGAUUCACAUCGGCAACUCUCUACAGGACGAGGGUGCCGCAAACCCAGUGGUUGGUGUGAUUACUCAUAUCCCAGCAGGCAGGUCUUUAAAGAUCACUUUUACCAAACUUGUGGAGGGACGUUAUGUGACCGUGGUGCUACCUGGUUCAAAAAGAAUCCUCACUCUCUGUGAAGUGGAAGUCUACGGGUACCGUGCUCCGACUGGAGAGAACCUGGCUAUCCAAGGAAAAGCCACUCAGUCGUCACAGCAUCUCACAGGCAUCGCCUAUAACGCCAUAGAUGGGAAUCGCGCCACCGUCUGGGACCAGGCUUCUUGUUCUCACACAGUCGGAGAGUUAAACCCCUGGUGGCGACUGGACCUGGGCAAGACCCAUAAAGUGUUUUCUGUCAACAUAACCAACUACAAGGAUCCUAAUUUACAACUAAUCGGAGCUGAGAUCCGAAUUGGAGAUUCUCUUGAAAACAGUGGCAACAGCAAUCCCAGGUGUGCUGUGAUCUCAAAAAUCGCCCCAGGUUUCACCGAAAGCUUCCAGUGUAACAGGAUGGACGGUCGCUACGUCAACAUCGUCAUUCCUGGAAGAAGUGAGGCGCUGAUCCUGUGUGAGGUGGAGGUGUACGGCUCCAGACUGGAUUAGGUUCACGAUAAAUCAACACCUCAAAUUCAACUUUAUCAUAUUCAAGAAGGGGAGGAUUCACUUCAGGACUGUUGGAUUAGAAUGCAUUAUUUUUAGCAAGGUAUACCAAAAA